AUGCAUGAUAGUACUACAAUCCAAGAUCAUAUGAUGAAGCUUACCAAGCUCUUCUCUGGAUUAGAGAAUAAGGGUACUCUAUUUGAGUUGGACUUUAAGAUAGAGAUUAUCUUUGUCUCACUUCCUGACGCCUAUAGCUCCUUUAUCAUGAACUUCCACAUAAAUAAAGUAGUGGUUAACAAUGUCUCUGAGCUUACUAACAUGUUUAUAGAAGCAGAAAGUCCGCUUAAGAAAAUUAAGGUUGUUCCUCUUGUUACUGAGAAGAGUUCUCAGGGUUCAAAGAACAAGAAAAAGAAGAGGACUAAGAAAAAUAAGAAAGGCAAGUCAACCGGUGUGAAAGAGAGAGGAGUGCGGAAGAAAAAGGCCAAAGCUGACAAAGAAAAGUGUUUCCAUUGUGGCAAGAUUGGACACUAG